AGGCCAGAUGUUUACCCUCUACCCCCCGGCACACACCUGCUCUUUGCUCAGAGUGGACGCAUCGAGUUUGUCCCGUUGGAGGGAUACAACAUGAAGAAGACAGAGGCAAAGACUGUCCUGCAUCUACCGGAGAAGGUGAUCAUCGGGGUGGCCUAUGACUGUGUGGAGAAGAUGGUGUACUGGACAGACAUCACAUCCCCCUCUAUCAGCAAGGCCAACCUGCAGGGAGGAGGAGCCAUCCCUGUCAUCAGAUCAGAUCUGGAGAGUCCAGAAGGGAUCGCUAUAGACCAUCUGGGUCGUACCCUGUUCUGGACAGAUUCUAUGAAGGACCGCAUCGAGGUGGCCUCUCUGGAUGGGACCAAGCGACGUGUCCUCAUCGACACAAACUUGGUCAACCCCCGAGCCAUCAUCGUUGACCCUGUCAAUGGCAACAUGUACUGGGCAGACUGGAACCGUGAUGCUCCUAAAAUCGAGACUUCUGCCAUGGAUGGGACCAACAGGAGAGUUCUGGUGAAGGAUGACCUGGGGCUACCUAACGGACUCACCUACGACCCGCAGAGCUCUCAGCUGUGCUGGGCCGAUGCAGGAACCCACAUGAUGAAGUCAAUAAACCCUGCCCAGGGAACCCACAUGAUCGAGUGUAUGAACCCAGUGCAGGGAGACAGGAGGAAGGCCAUGGGGGCGAUCCAGUACCCAUUUGGAAUCACCUCCCAUGGGAAGAACAUCUACUACACUGACUGGAGGAGGGAUGCAGUGAUCAUGGUGGAUCGUCAAGCUGGGACUGAAACGGAUGUGUUCCUGCCUCAGAAACAGACCAGGCUGUACGGAAUCACCACGGCAUACGCUCAGUGCCCCUCAGCCGAUGUGAGUAAGACCUUUAAACAGGUUAACAUUCAAGGCCUCAGGGCCAAACAGAUUACCAGGACGUGUACUCAGAGCAUGCGCUGA